AUGGCGCGUACUGUGCCUCAGAUGUCGGGCAGACUCCCAUUGUUUGAGAAGCUGGAACGCCACUCAGGCGGGACAGUGGUGAUCUUGGAUGACGGCGUGCGCAAAAGCAUUCCAGACUUCGAAAGGUACAGCAAGGACUACGAGACCAGCUUUGACGCUGUCAAGCGUGCAUAUGCGGCAGCAAAAGCAGCGGCCAAGGAGGCGGCCGCUCAAGGCCGGCAGCCCUUCAUGAUAAGUGCAACGACAGGCCCGCAGCUGGAAGGCCGUCGAAAAACUUACCUGGUGGAGACGACACCCCUGGGCUACUACAAGGAACCAUCUACUGUGCGGGAAGCAAGGGCACUGGCCCUUGCAUGCUGUGAGACAGCCCGGGUGCUCCAUGCGGAAGGCGUUGUGCACAGGGAUUUUCGAUUACCGAAUGUUGUGUGUUUGGGGCCGCGCACAAGCGACGAAGACAGUUUGGGGACGGAGGUCGGGACUUCCGGAGGGAACGAUGAGGACUUGGCAUUUCUGGUAAUAGAUCUGGAGGGAGCCGCUGAAGAGGGGGCGGAAGUGAGCCCAGAUUGUGGUCUUGCGCUUGCCAGCAGGGAUGGGGUUCUGGACGAGAACGGGACAUUCACUGCGGCUAGCGAUAUGUUUGAGAUCGGCAUGGUGCUGCAGUCCAUCCUACGCCAGCUUGGAGCGUACCACGGUGAAUCCAAGGCGUUUGUUCGGGCCCUCAAACGGAAAGAACUGAGUGCCCUAGAAGCCCUUGAUCAUCCUUGGUUGAGGGGACUCGGGAAUUGA